GAUUGUAAUGCGCACUUACUGAGCCCGCCGAACAUCAACAUGUUUUUAUGAGGAUGGAGCUGUGGACACGAGUACCAUCUUUCCAAUUUUAAACGUUUUUCUCUCACACUUUUGACCUGAUUUUGAUUGUAUCCUUCCACCACACUGACAGUAUUUCCUUUUCAUUCCUGCCUGAUAUGUUGGAAGGUAGAUAUUCUUGCAAGGAGACACGGUAAUGGGAGAGAAAUCGCACAGAGUCGGCACAGAGAACAAGGGAACAUUGUUCGAAAAAAAAGACAAUCAGGGCGCACCGAAAGGCAACAGAGUUAGAUCUUGGGUGGCGAUAGUCUCUUUUUCAUAUAAAUAUUUUGAUUCCGUGGAGUAACAUCUGAGCCGAGGAGCGCUGUUUUUGGAAAAACAAAAAAGGACAAAUUAACGGGGAAAGUCAUGGGAUUGGCACAGAAAUAGUACAACUGUGGACGCGCAGAUAUCGUUUUUGGAUAUCCAGACGCACGGAUUGAACAAGUUUUUCUCGCACAUUUCGGUGCGUGUGCUGCGAUCGCUUACAAUUCGCUACAUUUUCGGAUUCAUGAGGUUGUGUAGCGCAGGCUUUCACUUCUCACUUUGACUGUCUUUACCUAUAGCCUGAUCGGCUGUAGCCACACGUCUAUUGUUUUGAGAGUCCCCGCGCAACAGCAUCGAAACCACAGAAAAGAUCGCGCUUUUAAAUGGGGCUGCAUAUGCUGGGUGUCAGGGUUGAGAUGGCGUGUCGAAGGAGUGGGAAUGGAUUGGGGAUCCUGCUGGUAUUCUUACUGGAUUUACUGGGAACGACAGCCAGCAACCUGGAGCCCAUCUACUGGAAUUCCCUGAACGAAAGAUUCAGAGACGACAAGGGCUACGUUCUGUACCCUCAGAUUGGGGACCGGCUGGACCUCAUCUGCCCUCCUCUGGACACCGCCAGGUCCACGCCAGAGUACGAGUUCUACAAACUCUACCUCGUAUCAUCGCGGGAACAGGCGGACCGCUGCGAAGUGAUGGGACCCCCCAACAUUGUGCUCACCUGUGACGAGCCUACCCGCGAACGUCGCUUCACCAUCAAGUUCCAGGAGUUCUCGCCCAACCUCUGGGGCCACGAGUUCAAGAGCAUGCACGACUACUACAUCAUCGCUACGUCAGAUGGGACGCGUCAAGGCCUGGAUAGCAUGAAAGGUGGAGUGUGUGCCACGCAAGGCAUGAAGGUGGUUCUGAAAGUGGGACAGAGCCCAUAUGGACUGCCUCCAAAGAAGGAGCCACCAGCGGGACGCACCACCAGCAGAAACCCAGGUGGCACAGGAAACUCCAGCCAGCCUCGAGGACCCUUCGGGGAAGAAGGCAGAGGUGAGAAUGGGCCUCUCCAACCCUCCAAUAUCGCUCUCAUCGCUGGCGCCGCGGGAGGCUCUGCCUUCCUCCUGCUGGUCACCGCCGUGAUCUGCAUCGUGUGCUACAGGCGGCGGCACGCCAAGCACUCGGACACCCAUCACCCCCCGCUGUCGCUGUCCUCUCUCACCAGCCCCAAACGGGGAGGCGGCGGAGGCAUCACCAGCUCCAACAACAACGGCUCUGAGCCCAGUGACAUCAUCAUCCCUCUGCGGACGUCAGACUCAGCCUACUGCCCGCACUACGAGAAGGUGAGCGGGGACUACGGACACCCUGUCUACAUUGUCCAGGAGAUGCCGCCUCAGAGCCCAGCCAACAUCGACUACAAAGUAUGAGAUGGCCGCUGCUCUGGCCAACUGGACGCACCCACCUCCCUCCACCCGUUACCAACCAAUCCCCUGCUCCAAACGAAGCCACAGCAAAGCUUUCCAUCACAGCUCCAACCCUGAUCCCCUCAAUACUGCCAGUAUUGUCCCUUGGACCCCCAUUCACCGCCCUGUGAGCCCGCACCCCUGGCCACAGUUGUGUUUCUAGCUGAGUAAGCCUCCCCACCCCAUUCUCACACAACUAAGUGUGUGUAAAGGGCAAUGUCGUAACCGUGCAUAGCCUUUGUUAACAAGGCCCUCGCGAAUAGGCAAGAGGCUCUGAGUGCCCCCUUCUUGUUAACUCAGAGCUAAAUGAGCCCCACCCGUGCUGAAUUGAAGAGUCAUCCCCUAAACGCCAGUGUGCAUGUGCGGCACACACUCUUUUCACAGGGGUACGGACCUGCCGUUGGGAAAUGUGUUUUGAAAAAGGUGAAAAAAAGAGAAAGCAAAGGACAAGAACAGCAAGAAAACGACUCCCCUGACCCUACUUAGCACCACAGAACUCUGAUUUGCAGAGGCCAUACCUGCCUAGCCCACCACUCCACCCCCUCAGAGCUCCAUCAGCCAAUCAGAGUCCGGCCCCUACCACUAACUCAAUAAUAGGAUGCUAGUUUGUUUGUGUUUGUUUCUCCUGAGAAAACAGGGGCCUCGGACUCGCCCAAUCAGCAGGUCCGAGCGGCGGUCACGUGACCAAGCCCAGACCUUAUGAGGUCUGACCAAUCGGUGACUCUCAGAAUCUUGUAUAUUUUAAUAAUGCGUGUGACUGUGCGAGCGUGCAUACGGCUCAGUUAAUAAUUAUGGCGCUGCUGCUGCUCCACAUUAGACGUGUGCGUGCAGUUAGUGUGCUUCAGUACAGCAAGUUUGCAUAUGCGCGCGUGGGGUUUAGCCUGUGUGUGUGUGCGCGCGCGCGCGCGCGUGUGUGCGCUUUGUGCGUGAGUGAUUGUGCGUAUGUGUGCGUUCUUUAGACUUGUCUUAAAUACCAAAACACAAAAUAGUGAGCGAAUAUCAAAAAAAGUGAGAUUUUUUAUCGCUAUCAACACUUAUAGAUUAUAUAUAUGAAUAUCCAGUAAAUAAUUUCUAGAUGGUUUUUUUCCUGUUUUCUAUUGUUUUGCUAUUUUUACCCACUGUGUUAAACUACACUUCUGUUGCUAGACAUUUUUUUUAAUCUAUUUUUGUUUUUUCACAACUUAGAAUGACCUUGUUUAUUCCCCCUUCCCGUUGUAUAUUAAUUUAAUCCCUUUUUUUUAAAUUUUACCAGUGAACAGAGGUCGUUCCUCUCUUCCUCUCUUCCCUCUCUCAUUCACUCCCUCCCUCCUCCUCCUCCUCCUCCUCCUCAUUUCCCUCCCCUCUAGGGUCUCUGAACUCUGUGUAUAUUUUUAUAGCUCCUUGUACUAUGCUGUAGUUUUGAAGUUUAGACCUCGUUUGUGGAAGUGUUGAGGUAGAACCAUCUAUGAAAGUUUUUUUUUUCCUUUCAAAUGUUUUUUUUUUUUUUUUCCAAAAGUGAAAAGAAGUUAGGGGUGGGGGUAGAGGUGGUGAUGGUGGGGAAGAAGAAUAAAGGAAAAAAAGGGGCGAGAGAGAGAGAGUGUGCUGUCUGGGGAGGAGGAAAAAAAGCAGCGUCUGAAUGCAGAACUUUAAAAGAGGAGCGAGAGAGAGAGAGAAAGGGAGGGAGGCGAGGAAGGAAGAGACUGAAGGAAUUGCACACUAAAGAAAAAGAAUCUGAGGGGAGAAGAGGAUGGGAGAGGCAGGAGUGAGAGAUGAAGGAUCCCGAGGAAAGGAGGCACGGAAGAGUGGCUGGUGAAGUAGAGAAACCUCUUCUUUAAGUGGAGAGUCUCCUGUAUGCAGGUGAUGGACCUACAGCCAAAAACGGAUUUUGGAGGAGCUGAACUCUAACCAUGGAAAAGAGAGAUCUCAUCACACACACACACACACUCUCUCUCUCUCUCUCUCUCUUUCUUUCACACACAUAUACCUACUGUGACUCCACACAUUUUGGAUUUGUUCCUCUUUUCUGCCAAAAUUUGAGUUGAAAUCAUCUCUGUGUAUCACACACACACACGCACACACACACACACACACACUCGUUUAUUAUAAAAGUGCACGUUACACUGCCAGCUACACACACACACACACACACACACGCAAAAGAAAUUCCUGAGGCAGUCAGCACACUGUUUUUUCUGACACAAACACACACACACACCCUUCUAACACAAAUUUCACACCUUUUAAUGACUGUCACAAAUGCCUCUUGAUUGCAUUGAAUGGCAUACAUUCCCUCUCACACCCGCUUGCUCUCCAAACACAAACACACACACACACUCUUUCACGCACACGCAACAAAAAUGCUGAUUACUUUCAUAUGACUCUGUGUUUCUGUGAUUAAGACUAACCCAAUGGACAUGGGAGGGAUGAACAGAGUGACUGUGUGCGCUGUGUUUUCUCCCCGCUUUCAAAUGCUCCCAUGCUUUUGCUCACACACACUCGCACUGUCUCUCUCUUUUUCUCUCUCUCUCUCUCACGCACAAACACACUAGUGCCCAGCACCUCAACCUCAGAGGGCAAUAACAUCGCUGUGUUCAGAGGUGCAAUAUGUUCACAUGUGCAUACUAAUAAAGCUAUUUUGUAUUGCUCAAACAUGUUUAUGGCUUAUGUGUAAAUUGGAUGGCAGUGGGAAGCUUGUACUUUUUUCACACGCACACAAAUAAACACACACACACACACACACACACGCAAGGCCUCCGAUGUUGUAGCCAUGUUUUCUGUGUGAAGCCAGUGUUAAAUCUGGACCUUCUGACAUUUCUCAGCUGUGUUUUGUAUCUGACAUCAUAUAAGGAGAUAUCUUUAAUACUUAAGUGUCACAUUCGUCUUAAAUGACUUUGUUCAACACACGAUGAUGCUCAGAUAUGUUUUUUUUUUUUUUAAAUCCAGUGGAGGAGUUUGGAUUGUGUUUGUAUCAAAAUCGAUUGCAAAGAUGAAAUGACUCAAAUUCUUCUUUAUGUACGACUACCGACAUGUGUUGUUUUUUUAUGUAUGCUGUUAAGUCAAUGUCUGUUUAAAGUUAAACAAGCUCAGAGUACCUAAAGUAUCCUCCAAGCCAAAUGAAGUGUCUGUUACUCUCCCUUCAGCAGCUUCUGCAACUCUUUUGGAAAUCCAAAAUGACAGUAUCUUUUGUCCACGAGGGGGGGGGGAACUAAACUUCACGGACUUUACGCCGUCGACUCCGACGAGGAAGCCACUGGGCCGUUUUCAGUCCACCUCUCCCACUCCCUCUCAGCAGAAUGUCAAGUAUCUCUUGGACUUAUAUAUUUUUUUUUUUAUUAUUAUUAUUGUUUGUUUUUCAUGUCGAUGUUAUUUCAAAGUUGUGUCUCUGGCUCUCACCGUUUGUGUUUGACUGGUCGACUCAACGUGCUGGCUUUUCUUAAAAAAAAAAAA